GAUUUUAAAGUAAAAUUUAAACAUAAGACAAAAGGUACAACAGCAAAAUAAUAAAAUUAUUGUUGAACAUCGAGACUCUCACAAAUCAUUCGGAGUUUGUGGAAUACUUUGUAGAAAGGAUGGAAUUUUCCGCCCCUCUAUCGCGAAUAUAAAGUUGCAUGUAAAAAUAUAUCAAAACAAAGGGUUCCUCCAUACUACGAUAAUAUAACGUCAAUUCGAUUAUGGUACAAUUACUAUACUAACACAACCAUAAAACGGCGAGCCGAUAAACCCACACAACCGCAACUCACCGUACAGAGUUUACACAAAGAUAAGUGAUAUCAUUCGGUUUACAACAAUACGAAAAAAACAAGUGUUGUGAGUUUAAGUAAUUAAGUAAAAAAACAGUUUGAAUUUCAACUCGCUUUCGAUUAACCGAUUAACGCCAUCGAAUCUUGUUUGCGGGAGUGUUUAAAAUUAAAAAAAAAAAAAUUGAAAGAACAGCGAAACAGUGGAGUGAAUUUUAUUUCCGAAUUGAAAGCGAAUCGCGAGUGUUGGAAUAAACAUUUUUCCGCAACCGAAAAAUAUAUUCUCGUUGCGUGAGCCUCGCUGGAUGAAUUGAAUGGACCCAGCAAUUGCGUGGUUUCAAGAAGAACAACGAGGUCCCGCAAAAAAAGCGUGGCUUGCCAUCUGGGAGACAAUACAAGAAAUGGAUCAAACACAGGCUGUGACCGGUAUAGAUAAUAAUAAUGCGAAACCAUCAAAGGAAAUGAACAUUAUGAUGGAUAACAGUAAUAGUAACAGUAACAAUGGACAAACGGAGCGCGUUUACUACAAUCCGUCGAGAAGGAAAGCAGGCAGUACGUUGGAUUCAAAUCGGGCUAGUACGUACAAUAUGAAUCGCAAUGAAUAUAAAUUAACGGGAAUACAUGGGGGAUGUCCUUGGCGGCCACACAAUCAUGUUUACGGACGCGGUGUUCUGGGGCUACAUACAGAAAUCGAACAAUUCUAUGCACACAUGGUACCAACACCAACCGAACAUGGUCUACGCGUUCAAGUGGUAUCUCGCAUCGAAUCUGUCGUUCUAUCCCUGUGGCCCAGCGCUCGCGUUGAGGUGUUUGGUAGUUUUCGCACCGGAUUGUAUCUACCUACCAGUGACAUCGACUUAGUAGUAUUAGGGAAUUGGGAAAAGUUGCCAUUGCGAACAUUGGAAAAUGAAUUGGUUGCCCAUGGCAUAGCUGAACCGUUGUCCGUUCGAGUUUUGGACAAGGCUUCGGUGCCCAUUAUUAAAUUGACUGACCGGGAGAGUCAAGUUAAAGUUGAUAUUUCGUUUAAUAUGCAGUCGGGUGUACAAUCGGCUGAACUUAUCAAAGAUUAUAAACGGAAGUAUCCAGUUCUGUCGAAGCUGGUGUUAGUAUUGAAACAGUUUCUACUACAGCGGGACCUUAAUGAAGUGUUCACUGGCGGUAUAUCGUCAUAUUCAUUGAUCUUGAUGUGCAUCAGCUUUUUGCAACUUCAUCAAAGGCAAAACUUUGACAAUGCCAAUUUAGGUGUUCUCCUAUUGGAAUUUGUUGAGUUAUAUGGCAAAAAGUUCAACUAUAUGAAGACUGGCAUCAGCAUUAAGAUGGGUGGACGCUACAUACCCAAAGAAGAACUGCAACGCGACAUGGUGGAUGGCCAUCGACCAAGUCUACUUUGCAUAGAAGAUCCACUAACCCCUGGCAAUGACAUUGGCCGUUCAUCGUACGGUGCACUGCAAGUGAAACAAGCUUUUGAAUACGCAUUUAUUGUGUUAAUAAAAGCCGUAUCGCCAUUGCAUAACGAUCGAAUGAGUGACUGUACUCGUCAGUCGAUAUUAGGUCGAAUUAUACGAGUCACCGACGAAGUGAUCGAAUACCGGAAAUGGGUGAAAAAGGAAUUUGAAUCAAGACUGACAGAAAAUAUUAGUCCUAGCCUGAGCGCUCAGAUCCAGCCGGGAUUCCGUCGCAAGGGUAGUAUGUCCAGCUUGGACUCAGCAGAAGACAGUAUGGACAGUGAUGGCUGUGAUGAAUCGAGAGAUGUAUCACCUAGCAUAGAUGUACGGCAAUCUGAAAAUCGAAUACCAAAUCGUAUGGACCGUGUCACCAUGACCCCAGAAGUGGUAGUGGUUGACGACGAUGAUGACGAUGUUGAAGUUGUCCCAUACCAGCAAAUUCGAAAAAUCCCCGAACCACGUCCAACAAAUCCACCCGUUCCCCAUGUCAAACAUCAAACCCAGCCAAUAUACACAGCACCACGAAUGGGUGACCGAUCAUCGCCGUUGACGAAUCGUAACUUCAACAAUGAUGUGUCGUCUCAAUAUUCUCGUCAAAAUAACAACAAAAACCGCCGAAACAGUGGCCUAGUCGGCUAUGCAAAUUUCACCGGCAAAGAUGAUUCGUCAUCGAGCGGUUACUACGAAAAGGGCAAAGAUGCCACCAACAAAAAGAAGUCAAUAAAGCGUAAGAAAACGUCACAGUCUGAUCGGAAGUCGAAUGUAAGUGCAAACGGUAGCAGCAGUGGAUCGAGUAGUAGCAUGGGGCAGAAAGAGGGAAUCAGUCGAUGAUGGUAAAUUUAAUGUUUCUUUUUCUUCUUUUAGUACUUGAACGACGGUCCCACAAAUUCGGCUUGUUAUGUGUGAAAAAUGCGAUAGAUAGUGAGUGUGUCUGGCAAUUUAGUAAAAGUAGAUCAAAAUUGAGGGGAAGAGAGAGAGAAAGAGAGUGAGAGAGUAUUGUGCGUCAAUCUUCUUUUAAUCAGUCAAUCGUAGGUUCAGAUGAUUUCAAAUAAUUUCUUCAGAUGUUUUCCAAUAAUUUACUUCCGUUCGAUCAUCUGAUAAUUUAGUUUUUAUGACUUCACUACAAGUCAAUGGAGAAGAUUUAAAAAAUAAUUAAAAAAAACCACAAAAAAAACAGUUCGUAGAGUUAGUCAACAUAAUGUACUCUCUAAUGCAAGAAAUCAAUUAUGUGAAUCAAAUGCAGCAUUCUAUGCGCGAAAAAUCGUAAAUUCUUUAUUUAGAAAACCAAAAAAAUAAAAAUAAUUUUCUGACCAAAGUUACAUAAAACAUGAACUUUCAAACAUUGUAAUAAACUGAAAUAAUGAAUUUCGUCCACGAAGCGUUUUAAAUUGACUCCGCCGUUUGAUCGUUGUCUGUCUUAGAUUGGCUUUUGACUCAAUGAAACAAAAUGAAAAUAUUUUGACCACACAGGCCGAACACACACACACGAUCUGACCUACACUACAAAUCGGAUUGCAAUGGAAAACGCAGCACGUUGAUAUCAGUAACGCGAAAUCGUUCGUACGUUUCGGCCUUUAUUGAAUCUGAAGCUGGAAAGUGAAUUGUGUUUGAAUGUAACUGCCUAGUGAUUGGAAUUUUGUAGUAACUAGCCACGAAAGGACUCCACUAGUACACACAAUGCUAAUGAGAGAAAAUAUUUUGUGGGUCGUUCAGUGCUGAAAGAGAAGGGAAAUGGAGAGAAAUGGAAAGAGAUUUAAAAUUAACAGAGAAUGGAAGAAGAAAAAAACUUAUUUUUAAAGCCACACACACACACAUCUCUCAUCAUUUUAGUCAUUUGUUAUUAAUAUUUUACAGUACCGCAUAACGUAAAUUAGUUGAUAAAUGUUUCUAAUAAGAUUUCGAUAUUCAAAGUUCGGUAAAA